AUGCCAACGGGCUUCGUGUGCCAACUUCAUUAUCGAGGUGGUGGCGCUUUGCUUUGCCAAACUUCCACCGGAGAUUCGCGGCAGUUGCCUUUUGCCCACGCCCCGCCACACGUGCGGGUUGGCCACACUGUGACGUUUUCACUGGCUGCAGAUGGGGUCGAUCUCGCGGUGGAUCUGGAGGUAUGCCAGGAGAAGGCUGCAACGGCUGCAACAUCUUCAGCAAAUGCAGAGAUGGGACGGCAAAUUAUGCAGGAAAAACCGGCAAAACCUGUGUUUGACAUAUCAAAACAACCCUCCAGGAAGCUGCAGCGAAGUAUCACCAGAUUUCAUAAUGCAGAUUUGAAAGAAAGGCUUCGGAUGAUCGAAACUGCGGAAGGUUUGCUACAUGACUUGCUGAAUGAGGUCGAGUUGGAUGGUGAUGCCAUCUGCAAGUUGCUAUGUCGCUGUGCUGGGUGGCUCCAUCCUCCAGGCUCCUUUGAAGCGAAACACGUCUCUUCCACUGAGGAUACUGCGGGUGCUGCGGUUUCUGAGCCUAGUGACUUGCAGUGCCGGGUGAGACGUUUGUUGAUCCUGGCUUUGAGUUCCUUGGAUUUGAGCGACACCACAACCUACAGGGCAGUCGAAACAGCUGUGCUACACAUUCUCGAACUGCUGCAGGGAAAGGAGAUGUCAUUCUCUGGGAACGGUAAAUCGCUUGCGAUGAGACAGUGGCAGCAACUUCAAGAGUUGCUGGUAGGAGAAGCCCUGCAAAGUGACCCGAAGAAACGAAAGGCAUCAGAUGAAGCAAGGUUGCCAAAGAAGGAUUGGUCGGCGGCGGUUGAUGGCGUGUUUCGCCCAAACAAACGCGUCAGGAGUUUGCCAGCAGUCUAUGAGGAAGACGGCGGGGAAGACUUGUCCUUGGAAAUCUUUGGAUGGCACCGUGGUGGCUCUUUGCUUUGCCAAAUUUCCACCGGAGAUUCGCGGCAGUUGCCUUUUGCCCACGCCCCGCCACACGUGCGGGUAGGCCACGCUGUGACGUUUUCACUGGCCGCAGAUGGGGUCGAUCUCGCGGUGGAUCUGGAGGUAUGCCAGGAGAAGACUGCAACAUCUUCAGCAAAUGCAGAGAUGGGACGGCAAAUUAUGCAGGAAAAACCGGCAAAACCUGUGUUUGACAUAUCAAAACAACCCUCCAGGAAGCUGCAGCGAAGUAUCACCAGAUUUCAUAAUGCAGAUUUGAAAGAAAGGCUUCGGAUGAUCGAAACUGCGGAAGGUUUGCUAAGUGACUUGCUGAAUGAGGUCGAGUUGGAUGGUGAUGCCAUCUGCAAGUUGCUAUGUCGCUGUGCUGGGUGGCUCCAUCCUCCAGGCUCCUUUGAAGCGAAACACGUCUCUUCCACUGAGGAUACUGCGGGUGCUGCGGUUUCUGAGCCUAGUGACUUGCAGUGCCGGGUGAGACGUUUGUUGAUCCUGGCUUUGAGUUCCUUGGAUUUGAGCGACACCACAACCUACAGGGCAGUCGAAACAGCUGUGCUACACAUUCUCGAACUGCUGCAGGGAAAAGAGACCUCGUUCUCUGGGAACGGUAAAUCGCUUGCGAUGAGACAAUGGCGGCAACUUCAAGAGUUGCUGGUAGCAGAAGCCCCGCAAAGUGACCCGAAGAAACGAAAGGCAUCAGAUGAAGCACCGGAAGAUUUCAAAGAAAAGGCCAAACACACAAGGAUAGGUCGGCCGCCGUUGAUGGCGUGUUUCGCCCAUCUAAGCGCAUCAGGAGCUUGCCAACAGUCUAUGAGGCCCCUGAGCAAGUUGUCAUGUUGA